AUGACCGCCACGAUCGGCAAUUUGAUUUUGCGGUGCGGGCCCGACUCGUCGGAGGUGGUGCAGACGCCGCAGAACGCGAUGCCGCCGGCCACGGUGCGCAAACCGCUCCAGCACUACACGGUGGAGUCGGAGCUCAACAUGAAGCCGACCGACGCGGAUCGACGCGAGGAGGAGGAGCUGUCGCAGCGGCGCGGCCAGCUCACAAGAAGCACGAUCCCGAAGGGCCUGAGCCACCUGCUGAUCCACUCGCCGCCACAGCCGCCGCAGAGCUCGUAUCUCGCGCCCCGGGUGACGUCGUCGCCGUCCAGCCUGCGCAGCACAGCCAACUUGUUCAAUCGUCCGCAGACGGCGUCGCCGCAGCCGCAGCUCAGACUCCUGCCACCAGAGAACACGUUCAGCCCGCCGCAGCUGUCGGCACAGCCGCUCGCCGGCCCCGUCACGCCGGUGCCCAACAUCCCCGAGAUGAUGCCGUUUGUCGGCCGGACCACCGCCAUGAUCAACAACAUCUCCGUCUGGACGGGCGAGAGCGGGCAGCAGAUCCCGCAGACGGGGCUGGUGAUGCUGCAGGGCGCCAGCAAACCGUCCAGCGCGGCGGCGCAGCUGCCGCUCUACGACACGUGCUACGCGCAGCCUGAGGACCUGUUUUCCUGGCCGUGGCAGAACGACCAGCUCGCCGACGCGGGAGAUUUUGCUUUCCUGCCCUAG